AUGGAGCUGUCUACUUGCAAACAGCAUGACAAGAUGGUUGCUGCUGGGAAGCCUGCUGCCAUUCCUGCAUCCAAUCUAUGGGCCACAAUGGAAGAACGGAUAUCCCACGCCUUUGAGAGACUGUGGGUACAAAUAGCAGUUCAACCUGAUCUCGUCUACACUGACACCAAGCAGCUGCCCGCUGGGCACAGUGCUGAUGCAACACUGAAAAUGGCUUGCGAAGAGGCUGGUGCCCCAACAGACACAGCGGAAACAGAGGCCUGGUCCUGCUAUGGACCCCAACUUCCCAGGCCACAGUUUAAUAGGGGACGGCUCCCUAAGUGUAACCCACACCCUCAGAAGGUUACUACUGUUCGCAUGGGAAAACACCUUGGCAAAGGACCUAGAGAAAAGAAUUCCUGGACACUCCUUGCAGCGGGACUCGUGGGAUUGGUGCUGUGGACUCUACUGAAACCUGGGGCUGGUGGGGUGCAGUUGUGCGGGACUUGUGCCAUUGUUACUACAGGGGCAGUGCCCACUAUAUGA